UUUACAUGUGUACAUGUGAAAAAAGUAAAUAUCAACACUGGAAUAAAAAGAAAGUUGAAAGAGAAGAAAGACAAGAUGUUUGACGACUUCAGCAGAGCAAGGAGGAGGCUGACUAGAUCCUAUCUGUACUGGGGGUGGGCCAUCAGUAGACGAUUCGCUCAGGACAAAACACGCGCGCGCAUGUCCGCGAGACGGACCGAAGACUGCGGCGGUCAUAUUGGUCACUUCUCUGGUCCACUCAUGUUGCUACGCAACAGAAUCACGUCCAGGUGUAAAAAUGAGGCGGGGCGAUCCACAGCCGAUGCCCCAGGGUGCGGCUACAACCUUCUAGAAGAAUGCAUGAACGCCUCGCUGCUGGGCUUGAGGCCUGGUAACCUGUGUAGGUCAUGGGUCAGGGACAUUGUCAACAUUCUCAAGGACGCCGAGUUGAUCGACCAUUUCUUUAGGGUCAUCACCUCGCGGGCUCUGGCGGGGGCUAGCUCGACGUCACGUGUCUCCACUGACAACUGCAGCGUCACUCAGGGCAGCGACUCGGUGAGUGUUGACAAGACCCUGGACGUCAGUUGUGUUGAUGUCACGCUGGGGGACAUGUCUGCUGAUCAGGUGCUGGGGGAUAUGACGUCUGCUGACCGGCUGCUGGGGGAUAUGUCGUCUGCUGAUCAGCUGCUGGUUGACAGGUUGUCUGCUGACCCAUCGCUGGGAAACAGAAACUACGAGAUAUCAGACAAGCUGGACAACAACCUGAACGACAGAUCGUCUGCCGGACCGCCGUACGACGACAUGCGCUCCGACAUCACGGACAAGUUAGACGACAGCUGCAUCGAUGAAGAUUUAUUGUCGUUCAGUUUUGAAGAGGAUUACAGCGAGGCUUGCGAGGAAGAAAACCGAAGCUGGGCCCACGACACCUGGUAUUCUGACGACGUCUUCUCCACACAACAUUCCCACGUCGACUGGUCAUUCCAACCGGAACUCCUUGAAGACAGGCUGGACCCUGAAGACGCCCCCAGCCCCUGGAGUGUCGGCACUCAAGCGAAUCAUUAUCUUAUAGACAACAGCGAUUUAAUCAACUGCCAUCUUUCACCGAGUGAUCAUUACAAAUGUAAACACAUUUCCUGUCACGAUCAAUGUCUGGCACCGUGUAUGAACCACAGCUCUCCCUUCGAGAAUUCUUGCCUAUACUCGUGUGACAACAACACACACAUGUUCUCUGCAUCAGGCGACACAGAUGUACACCACGACACACCCAACCUCUACUGUGACGUAGAAAACACAUCGAUCUAUCCUGACGUCAUCAACAAGAACUUGUACUCAUCUUUGGAUGAAAUGAUGCCAAUGUGUACUGGUAGAAGUAGUAACAGCCCUGAUUUAGAAACGGGAUUCCCCGAUGUUACUGAAAUGAAUGACGACUUCGAUGCGUGUAUAAAUGAUAUAGAUCCGAUAGGAGAGUCUUGCAUGAGGUGUGAACACAACUGUAUAGACACUAUGAAGGACACCUACACGUUGACCACAUUCAGUGGAGACAAAAAGCUGUACCUCCACGCUGACGAUGGAGCUAGGGGUGAUGGAAUCCACUUUAACCUGGGUCUCCACCCCGCCUGGUGGACCCAGGGAGACGCCACCCACCCCAGAAGCAGCUUCAGCGCCCUGUCGGACCCCUCCCCCCAGGACCGACUGGCGAGAAUCACGUACAAGACCCAGCCCUCCAGCGCGUCCUCGGCUGACGCGCCCAUGUUCGUCUUCUCGUCUGCGGUUGGGUCCGUCAAUAGGAACGGUUCGUCCUCUAGGGCCAUUCCACUGGACUUUAACCUGAACGCGGUCUACAAAAUAGCCACACGAGAAGAGAGGGGAGCGGGGGACACCAAGUCCAACCCAGACGCCGACAACACCUUUGACGCCUGCAAGCACAAUCCACCUGAGGGCGCUCACGAUGUGGCCGAGUGGCUGAGACCACAGGAGGAGGAAUCGUCUGCUAGUGGUACCAGGACCAGUACCCCCACGGAGGAGAGGGAGUUAAAAGGAAACAGGAACAUUAACUCUGUGGGGAGCUGCCGGGAGGCGCCAAGCAGGUCAACAGAUUCCCCAUCACGCUCUCGCCGAUGGUUCAAAGUCUCGUCUGUUUGCGUCCUGGUCACGAGCAUCAUCAGCAUCCAUUACUGGAACAGUGACUCGUUUUUCUCGCUCGUCUGGGACAUGUUGCUCCACACUACUCUUGUAGCUCUUCUCAUGCUUCUCGUCUUUGUCUGCCUUGAAGCCAACAACCUUACUGAGAGUUUCGUAGCAAGAUUACAGCUGUUUAUUAAAAGCGCCAUAUCGUCUCCAUACAAAGUCAAAUCUGCCGAAGACACUCACGCUGACAGUGAGAAAUUGCCGGACUCGCCUAAAACUGGGUCCAGCAUCGUACCAGAAUCGUCCUGCAAGCUCAUAGAACUGCCCGAGGUACCACGUGACACUCCAGAUGUAGAGGAUCAGAAAGGUGUGGCUGAAAGUCCAGAGUCAGGGCUGGAGGAGGUCAAACAAGUUCCAGAACUUGACCGUACGUCUACGUCACCAAAGGCAAUGAAUCCGUCUGAAGUUUUUGAGAUUCCAGUGCAUGUGUCGACAUCUGGAAGUUUAAACGUUUGCAGGGAGUUCAUGUUUUCAUCAGAAAGUGAUGCCGUCAAUGAAGUAUCAACUGAAAGCCGUAGUUCGGUACAAGAUAGCUUGACAUCAGAAGACACUAGGAUCGUAUCUAACUCCCAGACAACAGAACCCAGUAGGAUCGUGUUUAACUCUGAGGAAGUACAAGCCGGUGACCAGAAGUGUAUGCUAGUCUCUGAUGACAUAGUACCAUGUCAAAGUUCAAAAGUCACUUUUCGAGCGGAGAUAGCAACAAUGACUGAGAUGACCCAGGACUGCGAUGCUAGUCUCGCCCCACACGAAUGCAGUGUAGCUCAGACGAUGACGGAACACAUCAGCUUCGAGAGCUCUGCGACACAAACAGAGCACACCAUCGUGGACGACAGGGCAGAGGGCGCCGUGCAGAUAGUGGAGAUCUGGCCGGAAGCCGCCAACGUCGUCACGGCCAACGCCAGCGUGCAGGCCGAGCUCGACGCCAAGAAAGUUUAUCAGCAGACGGAGAAGCUCCAGCAGAAACACCAACUGGCGCUGAAACGUUUGCAGAAAAAAUUCCUGGCAAUCCGGCGACAUUGCCAGAAAGAAGCCCUUGAGUUGAAGCAGUGUGAGCGUCGAAAGAACGAGUUCCUGUCCAAACUACAGCUCAGUCUGCCCAAUCUACAGAAAGAAAAGUCCAGCCUGAUGGCCGAGAGGGCCUCCAUAGAUAAACAGUUUGAGGACGAGAAGAAGAAGAACAGGGAGCUGGUUGGUCGUCUGACCCGACUCAAUCAACAGUUCUACAGAUUAGGUCAAGUUCAGCAGCCUACACCUGCCCAACACUGGAGACAGCAGUAUCAGCAGACGACAUACCCACUUCCGGUGAGCCGUCCUCACUGUGAGGCAACCAAUCAGCUUGCGCACAGCAAACUCAUUCACAUUCCAGCGCCGCAGCAACAACAACAGCAGCCCCUGCAUCAAAAAAUUCAACAGCAGUCCACACUUCUGCAAAAUCAAGCACGAAGCAACAACUCAUUGCCCACAACAGGGCAACAGCAAAAACAGCAACAGCAAAAACAGCAACAGCAAACUAUCCUACAGCAGCUGCAUCAACAGCGACUACCGAUCUUCCAGCUGUUUAAUAAAUCCUUUUGUCAACCGCAUCACGAUGUUCAACUACAGCAGCUCCAGCAGUCUCACUGUCAACAUCACGAUGUUCAACAGCUCCAACAGUCGCAGCUAACACACGCCCAGCAACUGCAUCAAAGUCUUGGACAGCAGAUGCAGCAUCCACUUGCACAGGUACAGCUGCACACACUUCCACACAACCAACAGCAAGCUCCGGCACUCUCCCACCUGCAACAACAGUCACAGACAAUAUGCCAACAACCGCAAGCAAUACCUCAUAGCCAGCAACAACCACAGGCCAUGCCCAGUGGCCAACAACAACCACAGGCCAUGUCCCACGGCCAUCAACAACCCCAGGCCAUGUCCCAUCAACUACAAGCAAUUUCCCACGGCCAGCAGCAGUCUCUGACGCAGCAUUCAAAACUUCAGAUGUAACAGUUUGUAUAGAAAGAAAGGGUACUUAACAUGCUAUUGAAAAAUCGCAUUGUUUGCAAGGUGAAGGAUUGACUUAUAUAUAAGCUCAGUGCCAGAUUAAAAUAGUGUUGAUAUUUUUUUUCUUAAAUGCCAGAGUAUUGAUUGUAAAAUAAUACAUUUAUACAAAAUACAACUAUUACAUUUUGUUAAGCCACCCAGCUUUUCUUGUCAUUUUCGGCGAAGCUUAAAAACGCCUGUAUAUAACAAAGAUGUUAUAAGGAUUUGUUUUUUAAUUGUCGAAUUAUUAUACAGUAAACUUGUUUUAGGGGAUUAAAGUUAAUUGGAAAAACCUUUAAGCCAUUCAACAAGCUGUGUUGGUGCCAUUUGUUAACAGAUUUUUCUGCAAAUUUAUAGCCGUUGCAAACCUAAGAAUUAGCAACAUUUUUUCUAGAACAUUGAGCAAAAGACACUUUAGAAAUGCUAAUAUUUUAACGAACUAUUGCAGAUACUAAACAUUUUUUUAAAAAUCAUCGUUAAAAAUCACGGUAAGGAAAAAUAUGAAAGGUUUCAAAUAAAAAUAUUCAA